UCCCCAUCCCUGUGUCUGCCCCCUGGACUCUCCCCAACAGACAUUCGUGCGGCCAUUACUCACACUCAAAAUGCACACAUUGAUGCACCUGUCCACGGCGACCUGUUGGAAGUCGAUCCCACCCUCUUCGAGCACGACACGAGCGUUUAUUCGACCAACGGACUCGCACCACUCGACGUGUUCAUAGAGCCCGAUCAUCUUCCUGCCCGCCUCCUCGUCUAUGAUCUCGACAACAUCACCAAAUCCCAGCCCGACAACGAGCACAUCCCAGCCCAAUACGUCCGCGUGUACCCCGCACCUCCCACUUCCGCGGACGCCGGCCUGACACCCCCACGCGUCGCACAGCUGUAUCUGAGCGGAUCUGUUUCUCUCGGGCGCGGUCACCACUCGAGCGUGUACAACGCGCCGCUCCGCCUCCAGCGCGAAGGGCAGGACGGUACGCGCGAGUGGUGCCGGGCCGCCGUCGCGGUGAAGACGGCGCUGGGCCAAUGCGGCGCGCACGCGAUGUUGGAGCACGAGGCUCGGCUCUACGCCUUGUUCCCGCGCGAGCUCAUGGAGGACUGCUUCGAGGGCACGGAGGGGGGCCCUGCCACUCCCUCCGGAGAGGAGACCGUGGAGACCGGCUCUCCUUUCGUGUGCCCCUCGGAUGACGGGCUUGCGGCGGCGUCCCGCAUCAGCGUCAUCCCGGCUGUCGUACCCAAGUUCUACGGGUACUAUGCUCUGAUGAGCCCCGAAACCGGUGAAGUCGUCUCGAACCGGCAUAGAAAUUGUAACGUCGAGGGCGCUUGUUGGGUCGAAUGGCCGACCCGCCUUCUCCUCUUGGAGCAGUGCGGGAGAGAUAUCAGUCCCGCAGAUGGCCGCUUAGAUCGGGAAUCCAUGCUUGACACGCUGGAGCGUUUGCACGAAGCGGGGUUCGUGAACGGUUCGGCGUACACCCGCAACAUGCUCGUUCAGCCCGGCCCGCUGAGCGCGCCGCGUGGUGAACGCUCGAUGGAUUCACCUAGCUUUCGAGUGAUAGACUUCGGCCGCGGC